GUGCGCCUGGCAUGUGUUUUGUUGUCUGUAGUGCUUCUUCUUGCUUCGAUUGGUUUGGUAUUAUCUGGCGGAAAAAAGCGUGCUCUGUAAAAUAAAGCGUGAAAAUCAUAUUUUAAAUAAUUCAUACUAUGCAUACGCAUGAGCAUUUCAAGACGCCAGCGGAUGAAGACGAGCUUGAAGAUAUUGAUGACGAUAUGGUAGUUGGAGUGAUAGCCGAAAUUGAACAGGAAGUGCUAAACGAGUCGGAGAGCGACGACGACGAGUACGAUUUAGUGGAUAUGGGUGCACCAGAGCCGCAACAGAACGAUAGGCACAGCAGCUCAGACGAUAGUAUCAGCAGCGAUGGCAGCUUUGAUCCGAAUGCCGAAGAUUCCGACUCGGACGAUUCGAUGCUCGACGAGGCGACGACUGGCGGGGCAAGCAGUGCCAAACGGCGCAAAGAACAGACUGCUAACGAUGGAUCAGGACCCAGUGGAUCAGGCGCAAGUGGAGCCGCUGAUUAUUCACAUUUGGACGAGGAUGACGAAACAGACGAGACGGUUCGUGCUAUCAUAGCGGCCAUUAAGAAGCCACGCAGUGCUCCUCCCGAGAUAAAGCUUGAGGAUUUCAUCACCGACAUUUGUUUUCAUCCGCAACGCGAUAUUAUCGCCUUGGCAACCAUCAUUGGUGAUGUUCAUCUCUAUGAAUACGGUAACGAGGAGAACAAACUGUUACGUUCUAUUGAAGUGCAUGCGAAAUCUUGUCGCGACGUCGAAUUCACAGAGGAUGGUCGUAGUUUGAUCACAUGCUCCAAGGACAAAUGCGUUAUGGUCACCGACAUGGAGACGGAGAAGCUGAAAAAGCUUUACGAAACGGCCCAUGAUGAUGCCAUCAAUAAGCUGUAUGUCCUCGACGAGCGUUUAUUUGCCACCGGCGACGAUGCGGGCACCGUGAAGCUCUGGGAUUUUCGUACCAAGGAUGCCAUAUUUGAGCUGAAGGAGGUGGAAGACCAGAUAACACAAAUGCUGACCAAUGAACAAAAUAAGCUCUUGCUAGCAACCAGUGCCGAUGGCUAUUUAACCACCUACAAUAUUGGAGCUCGCAAGUUGUACGUUCAAUCGGAGCCUUACGAGGAGGAGCUCAGCUGCAUGGGAAUUUAUCGCGGCAGUUCCAAGCUGGUGGCGGGCACAUCAAAAGGACGACUAUACACCUAUAACUGGGGUUACUUUGGAUACCAUUGCGACAUGUAUCCAGGCAUUAAAAGCCCUAUAAGUCUGAUGAUACCCAUUACGGAUCGGAUUGCGUGCGUUGCUGGUGAGGAUGGCAACAUACGGGCAUGCCACAUUGCACCAUAUCGCAAUCUGGGUGUUGUGGGACAACAUAAUAUGCCCAUCGAAUCAAUGGAUAUCAAUAACAGCGGUGAACUCUUGGCAUCCUCAUCGCACAAUAACGAUGUGCGCUUCUGGAAUGUCAAAUAUUUCGAGGACUUUGGUGACAUCAAAUACAAUGAGAAGCACAAUGCCUACAAGGACAAACGGCACAAUUUGCCCUCAUCAAAGUGCACAAAUGCAUCCGACUUUUUUGCUGACAUGACCAAGGAGCAGGAUGACAACGAUGACGACGCAGGAAACGAUACAGCAGCCGGUCCCAGUAAUAUAACUUAGAUAAUGAAGUCUCUCAAACUACAAUCAAAUUUAUAGUUUGUCAUUAUACAUACAUAAAUAUAUCAUUGUUAAAGAUUUAACAA